AUGGUGUUCAUAUUUCCAACGUUUCUGUCCAUGAAGCUCCAACCCUUUUUGCUGCUUCUUCUUCUUCUAAUAUACUUUUCUGAAUUUUCCCACUAUGAUGCUGCUAUUUCUUCUCAGAUUGCUUCUGAAACAAAUGCUUUGUUGAAGUGGAAAGCCAGCCUUGACAAUCACAGUCAAGCUUCUCUCUUUUCAUGGACUGGCAAUACUUCUUGUAAUUGGCUCGGAAUUACAUGUGAUGACUCCAAUUCUGUGUCUAAAAUAAAUCUUACAAGUAUUGGAUUAAGAGGUACGCUUGAAAAUCUCAACUUUUCCUUCCUUACAAACAUUCGCACUCUGAUUAUGAGUAACAACUCCUUGAAUGGGAGUAUACCUCCUCAAAUUGGACUCCUGUCCAAUCUCCAUACUCUUGAUCUCUCUGUUAAUGAACUCUCUGGCAGCAUUCCUAGUACCAUUGGUGACCUAUCCAAACUUUCAUAUCUUAGUCUUAGUACAAAUCAUAUCUCUGGGAUUAUUCCUUCUCAAAUAACCCUCUUGAUUGGCCUUCAAACAUUGUUCAUGGGUUAUAAUAUUUUUACUGGCUCCCUUCCUCAAGAAAUAGGGAGACUAAGGGAUCUGAGCAUACUUGAUAUUCCUUGGUCCAAUCUCACAGGUACAAUCCCAAUCUCCAUAGAGAAGUUAUACAAUUUGUCUCAUCUGGAUGUUGGAGGCAACAACCUUUCUGGGAGCAUUCCUCAGAGAAUUUGGCAUAUGGACCUUCAGCAUUUGUCACUUGCAGUUAAUAAGUUCAAUGGUUCCAUCCCCAAAGAAAUCGUGAAUUUGAGGAACCUGGAGAUUCUAUAUCUUCAGAAUAGUGGCCUUUCCGGCACUUUGCCCGAAGAAAUUGGGAUGUUAGGGAAAAUAAGAGAGCUCGACAUGAGCAAUUGUAGUCUUAUUGGGUCCAUUCCUACUUCAAUUGGAGCUUUGACCAAUAUAACACUUCUCAAGUUAGAAGACAAUCAACUUUUUGGUCAGAUUCCUCUUGAAGUUGGAAAGUUGAUUAACCUCAACAGUCUAUAUUUUGGAGGUAAUCAUCUUUCUGGCUCAAUUCCGGAUGAAAUUGGACUUCUGAAAAAUCUCAGUCAACUUGAUUUGUCUAGUAACUUUCUCUCUGGGAAAAUCCCCUCCACAAUUGGAAACUUAAGCAAUUUAGUGUAUCUUUACCUUUAUGGAAACAGAUUCUCUGGUUCUAUCCCUGAUGAAGUGGGAAAUCUCCGUUCUCUUUCCGAACUCCAAUUGUUGGACAACAACCUAUUUGGACCAAUCCCGACUUCCAUAGGUAACAUGGUCAAUUUGAAUAACAUUCGUCUUGAUAACAAUAAACUCUCUGGAUCAAUUCCUUCAAUUAUUACAAAUUUGUCAAAGCUAAGCGUAUUAAUUUUAUCAUCAAACGAGCUUACUGGACAAAUUCCUUCCACUAUUGGAAAUUUGUCGAAGCUUCGUGAAUUAUCUUUGAUUGAAAAUUAUCUUAGCGGCAAGAUUCCAAUAGAAAUGGUCAGACUCACUGAUUUGAAAAAUUUGCAGCUAGCUGAUAAUAAUUUUGUUGGUCAUUUACCUCAGAACGUUUGCAUUGGUGGAAAGUUGCAAUACUUUUCUGCUAGCACUAACAAUUUCACAGGCCAUAUUCCGGAGAGUUUGAGGAAUUGCUCCAGCCUUAUAAGAGUCAGGCUUCAGAAAAAUCAAUUAACUGGAAAUAUAACAGAUGCUUUUGGUGUACUUCCAAACUUGUACUAUCUUGAAUUGAGUGAAAAUAAUUUUUAUGGUCACCUUUCACCUAAUUGGGGGAAGUUCCGUAGCCUCACAAGUCUCAAGAUCUCUAACAAUAAUUUAUCAGGCGUUAUACCAUCAGAGCUAGGCGAGGCAACCAAAUUAGGUGUACUUUGGUUAUUCUCAAAUCAUCUUACAGGAAAUAUUCCACAAGAGUUAAGUAACUUGGCUUUUUUGUUUGAUCUCUCACUCAACAACAAUAAUCUUUCAGGAAAUGUUCCCACAGAAAUAGCUUCAAUGCAGAAUCUUCAAAUUUUGAGGCUUGGUUCUAAUAAUUUGUCUGGCUUAAUUCCAAACCAACUUGGAAAUUUGCUCAAUUUAUUGAACAUGAAUUUGAGCCAGAAUAAAUUUGAGGGAAAUAUUCCUUUAGAGUUUGGCAAAUUGAAUUCUCUUACAAGUCUUGAUCUUAGUGAGAAUUUGUUGACAGGAAGGUUAACACACAUGCUUGGAGAAUUGAGAAAAUUAGAAACAUUGAAUCUUUCUCACAAUAAUCUUUCAGGUGAUCUUUCUAGCUUUGAUGGUAUGGAAAGCUUGACAUCUAUUGAUAUAUCUUACAAUGAGUUUGAGGGUCUACUUCCAAACAUUUUAGCCUUCCGCAAUGCUACAAUUGAAGCAUUAAGACAUAAUAAAGGCUUGUGUGGCAAUGUUAGUGGCUUGGAGCCUUGCCCAACAUUAAGUGGGAAAUCACACAAUCAUAUGACAAAGAAAGUCAUAAUAAUAGUUUUACCCAUUAUUUUGGGCACUCUAAUACUGGCAUUAUUUACUUUUGGAGUCUUGUAUCAUUUAUGCCAAACUUCAAUGAAAAAAGAAGAACAAACCACCAAUUUACAAACUCCAAACACAUUUGCAAUAUGGAGUUUUGAUGGCAAAAUGGUAUUUGAGAAUAUUAUAGAAGCCACAGAACAUUUUGAUGUGAAACAUCUGAUUGGAGUUGGAGGGCAAGGAUCUGUUUACAAAGCAGUUUUGCCUACAGGUCAAGUUGUUGCUGUCAAGAAACUUCAUUCUAAUCCAAAUGGAGAAAUGCUUAAUAAAAAAGCUUUCACAAGUGAGAUCCAAGCUUUGACAGAAAUUCGUCAUCGUAACAUUGUAAAGUUAUAUGGGUUUUGUUCACAUUCUCAAUUCUCAUUUUUGGUGUGUGAAUUUCUUGAGAAGGGUGAUGUCGAGAAGAUUUUGAAGAAUGAAGAGCAAGCAAUUGGAUUUGAAUGGAACAAAAGAGUGAAUGUUGUUAAAGGAGUAGCAAAUGCUUUAUUUUAUAUGCAUUGUGAUUGUUCACCUCCAAUUAUUCAUCGUGAUAUAUCAAGCAAGAAUGUUCUUUUGGAUUCAGAAUAUGUAGCUCAUGUCUCAGACUUCGGAACAGCCAAGUUUCUUAAUGCAAAUUCAUCCAAUUCCACCUCAUUUAUAGGAACUUUUGGAUAUGCUGCUCCAGAACUUGCAUAUACAAGUGAGGCAAAUGAGAAAUGUGAUGUGUAUAGUUUUGGGGUAUUGGCAUUGGAAAUAUUGUUUGGAAGGCACCCAGGUGACAUUACAUCUUCUUUAAUGAUAUCAUCUUCAUCAACUGGUGUGACCUCAACACUUGAUCAUAUGGUAUUCAUGGAUAAGUUGGAUGAACGUCUCCCUUAUCCUAGAAGCUCUACAUUUAAGGAGGUGGUAUCAAUUGUGAAGAUAGCAAUCUCCUGCUUGACUGAAACCCCACAAUCUCGUCCUACCAUGGAGCAGGUUACCAAGAAGCUUGCAAUUGAGCAGCUAGUGUGGUUAGCUCAUGAGUAG